AGACAGCCCACUGUUACGUAAUCGCUAGGACGCAAGGAUCUAGCGUUACACACCGCUCGUAUGUGCCGUUGUCAUUUAUAGAGCGCUCCUCCCAACAAUUUAUCGUACGCCUAGUAACCAAAGAACAGUGGGCUGUAUCACCACGGGUCUCUUCUCGCCGCGCUCUUAAACUCGCGCGAAUUGGCCGAUAUUUUUUAAUUAAUUCCUCAUUAAUUAUUGCAAAAAUCGCAAAAUAAUAAAGAACUUUUCUAUUCGGUUUAAACCGCUCUACCUACACCCGAGAGGUGAUUCAGCAAUUAUCGGACACCCUUUAAACGCAGCAAGGGACAAAUUUAUCAACACAGUGUAAAAUGGCAUACAUAACGGCUUACUGGAGUCUGGACGGCAUAAUAGUCCUAACGGCUAUUAUAACAGUUUUCUAUCUCUACAUGAUUCGCAACUUCAAUUAUUGGAAGAAACGAGGCAUUUUGGAAGUGGCACCACCAACACCUUUCCUUGGCAAUUUCUCGGAUUGUCUACGUUUCAAGAAAGCACCGGCGGACUUUUUAAAAGAGUUUUAUGAUCAAGCGAAAGGAUUACUUUGUGUGGGUUUUUAUAUUCUGGAUAAACCCAUUCUGCUGAUUCGUGACCGAGAACUUGUCAAGCAAAUUUUAGUGAAAGAUUUUAAUCAUUUCAACAACCGUUACGCUUUAGCGGAUCCAAAAGAUCGCCUGAAUUACGCCAAUCUCUUCUUCAUAAAAGAUACAGAUUGGAAGAAUUUGAGAACAAAAUUAACGCCAUUUUUCACGUCCGGCAAAAUGAAAAAGAUGUUUGAUUUAAUGUGUCAAUGUGGAAACCAUUUAGACGAUUAUCUUGAUUCACUGGAAUUUGAGGGUGACGGAAAGACGAUAGAAAUGAAAGAACUCGCCAUCAAAUUUACGACUGAUUUAAUCGGCAGCACCGCUUUUGGACUUGAAGUGAAUUCGUUCAAAGAUCCGAACGCUGAAUUCUGCAAGUACAGCAAGAUGCUGUUUCGCUUUAGCAUUAUCCGCGCGUAUGAAAUGCUCGCGGUAUUUUUCAUUCCAAAUAUAGUUAGUUUGGUCGGUAUAAAGUUUUUUGGCGAAGAGCCAACUAAAUUCCUGCGCAAGGUUUUUUGGGAGACAAUCACUGCACGCCUAAAGUCUGGCGAGAAGAGAAACGAUCUUAUUGAAAUGCUUAUCGAACUCAAGCAAAAUCCCGAUAAUAAGCUUGAAGAUUUUUCAUAUGAUGGGGACGAUCUUAUGGCACAAGCAGCCAGUUUUUUCUCAGCAGGCUCUGAUACCUCCGCAACGACAUUGAGUUUCGCGUUAUAUUCACUCGCAAUAAGACCUGAAAUGCAAGACAAACUGCGAAAAGAGAUUCUCGAGGGACUCGAUGCAUCCGAUGGAAAAAUUACGUACGACAUGACAAUGUCAUUACCAUAUCUGGAUAUGGUAAUCUCGGAAUCUUUGAGAAUGCAUCCGCCAUUGGGACAUAUAAAUCGCAUCACAACGAAGACUUAUAAAGUGCCAAAUUCCAAUAUUGUAAUUGAGAAAGGUACGCCGAUUUUCAUUUCAAUGCUCGGUAUGCACUACGAUCCGGAAUAUUUUCCCAAUCCAGAGAAAUUCGAUCCGGAGCGAUUUAACGAGGAGAACAAACGCAACAGACCAUCAUGUGUCUAUUUCCCAUUUGGAGAAGGCCCGCACGCGUGUAUCGGAAAUCGUUUCGCGAGCUUACAGACGAAGCUGGGUCUCAUUCAAAUCUUAAGCAAGUUUGAAGUAACACCAUGCGAAAAAACUGCAAUACCAAUAAAAGUUGAUCCAAGGGGAACCUUGCUAUCGCCAGUAAACGGCGUAAUAUAUCUGAACAUACGACGAAUAAAUAAUGUGAAAAUCUGAUAAAAGAAUCAUUUUUUUAUACUGAUUACGUUUGAAGCAAAAGAUGCAAUUCGCCCGAUUUUUUAAAUAUACAAUUUGUUUUAAUGUAAUAAUAAAGUAAAGUAAUAUUAAAGUAAAGAUAAGUAAAAUUAAAUCAUUGAAUAUGUUGCAUAUAUUGCGAUUGCAUGUAGUUAUUUUACAUAUCAGAUAUACAUAUGUAAGUCGUUUAAAAAAACCUUGGAAUAAGAUAUCAAUAUAAAUCAAGGCAUCAAUUUUAAGGAUUAUAUAAAGCGCCAAUUAUAUAAAGGUUUCUGAAAUCGUUGUAGCAUCUUAAAUAAACAUGUAUUUCAUAUUUUAACUGACAAAUUGUGUGAAAAUAUGCCAGCAUCAUUUUUUU